GUCGCAGCUGGUCCCAGCCCUGCAGUUCCUGCGGUGCCGGAGCCGCUGCCCUCCGACCGUCCAGCUCGUCGUGCUGGAGGAGGAGCAGCAUCGCCACCGCUCCAGGCACCGCCGGCAGCCUGUCCGUUUAUAGACUUUGAAAGCUGUAUUUUCACCACCAUGAGCUCACAGACUUCAGUCAACAUCUCUUCUGGGGAAGCUACUCGGUCAGGCACUGAUAUACAAGAACCACUGUUACCACAGGACAGAAAUCAACCAGAAAUAGACAUCAUUGAAGAUAUAAGAAUGAAACUCCAGGCACUUGAGAAAAGAAACUUGGAAUCAACCAGGCGAUACAAUCGAGAUAUGUCUUACUAUAAAAAAGAAUUAAUGAAAUUAAGGUUAGAACUGGAGAGAGGAGAGGCUCUUCGUCGAGUUCUGGAGAGUGAAAUGUCCUUGGCUAGAAAAGAUGCUCAGGUGCAGAUGUAUUCUGCAGAGGAUGAGCUAUGUGAUGCAAAAGCCAAGCUUUUGGAACUGCAAGCACGCAGCAGUGAGCCCAGACAGCACACUCUUACAUACGGAUCAGAAGAAUCCAUUUGGUUUUCGUUUCCACACGAAGAAAACGUUACACCUCGUGGUCCUGCUCCUGAUGUAUGCUGGGGACCAUCUAGACACAGAUACUCCCCUUACCCACGACCUGCCAUAACCUCUGGUGGGACACUCUAUGUAACCUGCCCUACGCCUGGAACGGACACAACCUCUGAAUCUGUUCCGAGUUACUUCAUACCCCGAGGAAUCAGCACUCCUCUUCGUCCUGAUGUUCCAGCAAGUUGGAGAGACCUUAGUGAUGACGUUAUUCCGUCAAGUUGGAGAAACCUAAGUGAUGAAGUUUUUACUCCUGCAAGACCAAUUAGUGAUGAAGUUUUUACCCCAUGGGAGACCAAUUAGUGAUGAAGUUUUUACCCCUGGGAGACCGAUUAGUGAUGAAGUUUUUACCCCUGGGAGACCGAUUAGUGAUGGAGUUUUUAUCCCUGGGACACAGCUUAGUGAUGAAGUUUUUACUCCUGGGAGACCGAUUAGUGAUGAAGUUUUUACUCCUGGGAGACCGAUUAGUGAUGAAGUUUUUACCCCUGGGAGACCGAUUAGUGAUGAAGUUUUUACCCCAGGAGGGAGAGAGCUCAGCGAUAAAGUUUUUACCAGCGGGUCAAGAAGUGAGUUUGACUGGAAUUACAGCCGACAUUUCGGGCCGCUGCGACCUCUAGCGAACCGAACCGCCGAUCGGAUGUACUACACAAGAAGCGACUCUGACUUGCACUCAGACUCAGUCUGGGUAUAUCGCCAGCCUAGUGUGAUUAGAAUCCCCAUCCCCUGUGGCAGGAGCAGCAAAGCUUACAGCUUUCGACGACCAAUAACGAGCAUGUAUGUCCAAGUUAGCCCAACCGGAAUCGGAAGUACCUCAUGGGUGGAUGAUUCCUCCCGUAUUAGGCCAUUAAGUACUUUCACCAUGUCCACUCCCUCCUGGGAAAGGAUUAGAGCUCCAGUUGGUGCUCCAGUUCAUCCUCCUGCUCCAGUCAAUCGCACCCUUCGUUGUCACACGACGCAGAGCCCGUUCUUUGCCUCCGUUCAGAUCUGCCAGCCGGGGUAUCUCACCCAACACCAGAAGACUCCAUGAAAUUUAAUUAUUGGCUUCUUGGCUGCAACAGUUUUCUUAAGGAAUAUCCCAGCUUGUCUUGAGAGGGAAAAAGCUCUAGAAAUGUAAAAAGAGCUAAUUAAAGUACAGCUUUACCUACCUUUAUAUUGU